GGAACUUCAAUUUUUUGAGUUUCAGUGGCGCCAGAGAGAUGAAAUUAAUGUUUGAUACUCCUUGGGUUCGAAAUGAUUUUGUGUUUUCGAUUUGAUCUUCAUUUUUAGGCGAAUUGCUUCAUCUAAUUUGUACAAAAGCUCAAAGAACAGCAGAAUGCAACCUUAAAUCACUAUUUAGAGAUUUUUAUCAUUUGGGAUCUUUAAUAUUGCAGGAAAAUUAGUCUUAGAGAAAUGUUUAACUUAGAAUCUUCAUUUUUUUUUGGGUACAACUGAAAUUGAUUUAACUGGUUCUAUAUGAGAAGGAGAGUAGGAGAAGGGGGAGCUACUUCUAGAUCUUUCUUCACUAAUAACUGCUUCAUAAUUCGUUGCUGCAGGUUUGCCUGUUCAUUUUUAAUUCUUAAAGUUCGUCUUGAAGUUUGAUCUUGUCUGAGGUAUAUGCUUCUAGAGAAACAUCGUUGAGGUGAAAAGGGCAUCAUCCUCUUGGGAUUGUUGUUUUUAAUUUGAGGCUUCUAAGAUCGAUUUGUUUUCUGCGAAUCCUAGUGUAAUUAAUGGAAGGGCCUUCAAGCAAGCUCCAAAUAGAAUUGAUUGCUUCUUUUGUUGACAUAUGAAACAGAAAGUUUGAUACUGCUUCUUGGUGGUAAUUUCAGAAUUAGAUUCAUAAGAUAGAGAGCAUAGGUCGUUUAUUAGAUAUGCGUUGUCUCUUAAUGGUUUCCUCAGGGCCACCAAUAAAAAAACGGUCUGGUUUGCGGAUUAAACAGGCUGGGCGAGGUUCAUAUCGUGGUAGUUAGUCUGUAUUUGUAGUUUUAGAUUCUUUCGAUCCAAGUUAAUCUUUGCUGUACUGGGUGAGUUUUUAUAUUGAAGAAAUAAGAUGGGGACUACACCUUUAAGGAGGUUCCUACAGAGUCUUUGCGAUAAUUCGUGCUGGAAUUAUGCUGUAUUUUGGAAGCUUCAGCAACAAAGCCAAAUGCUUUUGAUGUGGGAAGAUGGAUACUUUGGCACCUCCAAAGGUCAAGAUUCCAUGGGAAACAUGUUUGCUGAGACUAACUUCAGCGGCUUAGAAGAAACAACCUCAUUUAACACAUAUAAUGGAACAUUGGGUGGAGAUGCAGUCGAACUAGCAGUGGCUUAUAUGUCAACCUUUCAGUAUGCAUUGGGUGAUGGGGUUAUUGGUGAUGUAGCAUACACGGGGAACUGUCGCUGGGUUUUUGCAGAUUCCAGAUCAUCUGAGGAAUUCAACACUGCAUCAAUUCCUGAGCAUGCAGAUGAAUGGUUAUUUCAGUUUGCAGCAGGUGUCAAGACUAUUUUGUUGGUGCCUGUUAUUCCACAUGGAGUUCUACAACUUGGCUCAUUGGAAGAUCUUCCUGAGGAUGCACAAAUGGCCAACUAUAUUAGAGAAGAGUGCAUUGCACAUCAAGAUGCCACGGGUUAUUCUGAUGCUUUUGAUACAAACCAACAAUUCCCACAUCAAUCACCAUCAUCAUUGAUGCAUACGAUGAUGAGAAGUUUGGAUGAGUUCCCAUCAUCCAUUGCAAAUGGGAUAUCUGAUAAAGUCAACUGGUCAACGCACAAACCAUUGACCAAGAGUCUUGUAACACCUAGUGACACCUGGUAUUCAUCACAUUUAACAGGAAAGGAUUUCCCUGAACCUUCUUCAGGUGCCCACAUGGGUGCUAUUGAAUUGCCAGAGCCUCUACAUCAAUCAACAAACUUGGUGAAUUCAAGUAUGGGCAUGUUAGGAGAAUAUGCUGAUGGACCCUUAAGGUCUGAGAUACUGAUGAAACAACCAUUAGUUAGUGAUGUUAGCCUGUUCUUAAGCUUUCCUGAAGAAUCUGAGCUACACAAAGCUCUAGGCCCUGCUUUCAUGGGCAAUACAGAUGAUUCUUUCCAGCAUCUUUCCAUUGGUGAGGAUAUAUACAGCUCCUCAAACCAAUUGUGUAAUAAAGAUCUCAUCAACUCAUCGUCUAAGAAAACCGAUGGAAUGCUUUUUGAUGACGAGAUUACAAGGGUACAUUUGGGUGAGAAUUGUUCUAUCCAAACCAGUGGCGAGAGUUCACUUAGUAAUCUGUUUGGACAAUUUGCUUCUUUGGCAAAAAGGAAAAAUGUAGAUGGAAAAAGUGCCUUUGAGGAAGAGAGUUCACUUUUUAGUAACCAUGUACCACCUGCGGUUUUUAGUAAGGUGAAAAACCACACCGAUAGUUCUUCACCUUCAGCUAUUUCAUAUGAGGGCGUAGUUGAUGAAUUCACGGAGGAGGAAGAGCAAAAAAAUAGUUACGAUAUGUUGCAUCAAGGGAAGGGUUCAAAACCAUCUGUGGCCAGCAAAAGAAGGGGCAAACCUGGUGCUAAACAGAAGCCUAGGCCUCGAGACAGGCAAUUGAUCCAGGACCGGCUCAAGGACCUGCGGGAACUUGUUCCAGAUGGGGCAAAAUGUAGCAUUGAUGGUCUGCUGGAUCGAACUGUAAAACACAUGCUCUUUUUAAAAAGCGUUGGUGAUCGUGCUAUCAAGUUGAGGCAGUGUGUCCAACCAGCGUCUCAGGGAGUGGGAACAGGUUCGAAGAAUAAUACAACACCUGAAGAGAAAGGUAGUCAAAAUGGGGCAAGCUGGGCAUAUGAAUUGGGAGGUGAUCUAAAAACAUGCCCCAUAGUUGUUGAAGAUCUUCAAUACCCUGGCCACAUGAUUAUAGAGAUGAUAUGCGAUGAGAGCAGUCGUUUCUUUGAGAUUGCUGAGGUGAUACACGGCCUGGAGUUGACCAUUUUAAACGGGGUGAUGGAGAGGCGUUGCGGCAACACAUGGGCUAGCUACAUUAUUGAGGCUCCAAGGGGAUUUCACAGAUUGGACAUCUUUUGGCCAUUGAUGAAGCUUCUACAGCAGCAGCAACAACUUAGUCCAAUAUCUAGCAAAAUUUGAUGUUUGGUAACCAUGGGUAUUCAGGCCAACCUCAACUAACUGAUCUCAUGGGACUCUGAAGUUAGCAGUCAGACAAACCCUCCCUCCGGUUGCUCUUAACAGUUGAGCUACCCCUCUUUUGACGUUAUUGUAUACCAAAUUUCUAGUUUCAUAUGGUAAGACCAUGACAUGUGGUAGAUUACUGGUUUGGUUUGGUUUGGUUUGGUUUGGUUUGAUUUCUAGCAUAAAACCUAAUUGCAGCAUAAAGACGUACAUGGCAUAACCUUAUGAUAUUAGUACUUGUGAAGGUAGAAGAACUCUAUGUAUUUGGGUGUUAAAACUCCCUUUUUUGCAAAUCAGAUCAUUUGGGCGUUGAAAAU